GUCGCUCAUCCGACGGACUACUCGACGCCCUAUAUAUUCUCUCCCUUUUCUUCGGUCGUAAAAUGAAAACGUUUUUCAAAACACCCGCGCCAAAACCCCGAAAAUUCCCGCCGGGUUUUCAGUGAUUGCUCCUUCCGAGCAAUCGGAGGAUGGCGGGUCGGCAGCCUCACCCGGUCACACCCAUCUCCGGCGGCGGCGCCGUUUUCGUCCCCAAGAGCGGCAAGAAGAGGGGAAGCUAUAACUGCGGCAGAUGCGGCGCCCCGAAGAAAGGGCACGUAUGUCAUUUCUCCAAGGAUUCCUCCGCCCCCGCCUUGGACCUCGGAACUCCGCUGGCUAUCAGCGACAGCACCUCAUCGGAUUCGCGUUCACCUCCCUCCCGCCUCCCUCGAGCUCUGUCGUUUGAUGAAAUUGACCGAGGCGACUUCCCUGCAGGAACGGAAAACGAAGGGGACGCUGAAAUUCCGGAUCUGGAUGGGCCCGGGAAUUUGCCGUUUGCUAGCCUGUGGGAAGUGCUCAGGAGGCUGCCGCCACCGGAUUUGUUGUCUGUGGCCGUUGUGUCCAAGGGGUGGAGGGAUACUGCUAGGAUGCUGUGGAGAGCAGCGGAGGAGCUCAGGCUUAGGGUUCCGGCCAAGGCUCAGGUUGGGCACGUGAGAUCGCUGUUGCAGAAGUGUCCGGAUCUCGUUAGGCUUUCCCUGACAAUGCAAAGUGAUAUAGAUGCUACAUUGCUGGCCUGCAUUGCAUUCUCAUGCCCUAAGCUAGAAUCGUUGGAGAUAUUUACAUCCAAGAACUCGGUAAAUCGGAUCACCGGGGAUGAACUAAGCCAUUUUCUAGCUGAUAGAAAAUGUCUUACCAAUCUCAAGAUGGAAGGGUGCUCCAACCUUGGAGGUCUUGCUCUUUGUUCAAGCAAACUGUCUAAGCUUUGUCUAUCCGAUCUUCGCUGUCUUUCUAAGAUGGUAUUCAACUGCCCUGGUUUGAAGGAGAUCUCAUUACAUUUUUCCCAAGAGAAUGACAACACUGAUAUCACAGCCAUGGUUGAUUGCCUUGGAAGAAGCUGUCCAAGACUGCAAAACAUUCAUAUUGCUUCUUCUCGGCUUUCACAUGCUGCGGUCCUUUCUCUUGCUGAAGCAAAUCUGAGGUGGUUGCGAAUGCUUUCGCUUGUACUUGGCUCUGAAAUAACUGAUGCAUCCGUUGCUGCUAUUGCGUUUAGCUACCCCAGCCUUGAAUUGCUUGAUCUUAGUGGGUCUAGCAUAAGUGACAGUGGCAUUGGAAUGAUAUGCAAUGUUUUUACUGAGACAUUGUCCAAACUUCUCAUUGCCCUUUGUCCUAAUAUCACUUCAAGUGGCAUUCAAUUCGCUGCAGCUCAAUUGCCUCAACUAGAGAUCAUGGACUGUGGAAUGACCAUAUGUGACCCAAAUACAGGCUCCCAAACUGGCGAGGAAAAUGAUUCCAACUUGCAAGAGAUGCCAGACAGCGAAACACGAAUUGCAUAUCAAAAGCUGAUUAUCAAACACAGCCGGUUGAAGAAACUGAGCUUAUGGGGUUGUUCUGGCUUAGAUGCAUUAUACUUAAACUGCCCAGAACUUGUUGAUCUGAACUUAAACUGCUGCAGAAAUUUGAAACCAGAGAGAUUGUCAAUUCAGUGCCCUAAUUUGGGAAGUGUUCAUGCAUCUGGUUGCCAUUGUAGAUUGGUUGAGGGCAUUCAGGCCCAGGUCCUCAGCAGCAACUAUGCAGAUGUUGAAACUCAGUUUCCUUGCAAGCGAAUGCCGGAUGGUUCCUCCAAGAGGAUACAGGCUGUUCCAUAUUUAUUUAAUCCACAGCCAUUUGAUGAUAAGACGAAAAAGAGAAAGCUUUCAAGUCGCCGCAACUGUGCUGUGCUUGUGAAUUCCGAGUCCCAAAUAUUGUCAAUCCCCUCAUGAACUUCUUUUUUCCUCAAGCGAUUCUGUUUGUUUAUUUAUGAUCAUAUAUUUGGAUUUCGGAUCAAGUUGUCUGUUUUUUUUUCUUCAAAAUAUUUCUCUUGUCCCAAAAUGAUCAAAAUGUCAUGUUAAAAUACUUUAGUUUGAGCUCAUAGUUAUUUGGAGAAGAAUAUUUUCUUGAAAGAUUUGGAGAAGAAAUAAAUGGGUUGUAUUAAG